GACGCGGCGGCCGGCCGGCGGCCCGGCGGGCGGUGGACGGUGCAGCGGAGCUAUGGCGAGCUGCCGGCGGCUGAGCGGCGCAGGGCUGCGGGAGGUGCUGGGCCCGGCGCAGGGGCUACUCUUCGACUGCGACGGCGUGCUGUGGGCGGGCGAGCGCGCCGUGCCCGGCGCCCCGGAACUGCUGGAGCGGCUGCGGCGCAGCGGCAAGGCCGCCCUCUUCGUCAGCAACAACAGCCGCCGCUCCGUGGCCGAGCUGGAGCGGCGCUUCAGCCGCCUCGGCUUCCGCGGCGUCCGCGCCGAGCACGUCUUCAGCUCUGCGCUCUGCUCCGCUCUCUUCCUCCGCCAGCGCCUCCUCGGCGGCGGCGUGGGGAGCGGGGACUCGGGCGGCCGCGUCUUCGUGCUGGGCGGAGAAGGGUUGCGCGGCGAGGUGCGCGACGCCGGCCUGCGCCUGGCGGGAGAGGGCGAGGCGGCGUCCGCCGAGCCGGUGCGGGCCGUGCUGGUGGGCUACGACGACCAGUUCACCUUCGCCAAGCUGGCGCAGGCCUGCGGCUACCUGCGCGACCCGCAGUGCCUCCUGGUGGCCACCGACCCCGACCCCUGGCACCCGCUCAGCGACGGGCAGCGCACCCCCGGGACUGGCAGCCUCACAGCCGCGGUGGAAACGGCUUCAGGCCGCAAGGCACUAGUGGUGGGGAAACCGAACACGUACAUGUUUGAUUGCAUCGUGGAGCGUUUCGGCGUCGACCCGUCCCGCACCCUCAUGGUGGGAGACCGUCUGGAGACAGAUAUCCUCUUUGGCAAGAACUGCGGCCUCUCCACCAUCCUCACCCUGACAGGUGUCUCCCGCCUGGAAGAGGCGCAGGCCUACAUGGCCAGUGACAGCGCCGCUGCCAAGGAUAUGGUGCCCAAUUACUAUGUGGACAGCAUUGCAGACUUGAUACCAGGUCUGGAUGAGUAGCAGUCUGUAUAUGUGGGGGCAGACGGGUCAGGUUCUGCAUCCCAGAUCUCCAACUGUUCCCAUUUCUCUCUCACUGCCCUAUUUCCUCAAUUCCUGGUUUCUUCACAUUCCAGUGCCCUUCUCUGGGGGCAAAAUGGGGGGGGUUGGCAGGAGGGACCAGGGUUCAAGUUGUCUUCUUUCUGCUGAGAGCUGUCCAUGACGCUUCCUCUCCCUUAUAUGCCAGCUGCCAGUGUCUCUGGGAGAGAGCUGGAGGCCUUGAGCUCCAACGUGGGGGUCACAUCAGUGUGUAUGUGCGGCCUCACCCCCUGCAGGAGUUAGGGACUGGGUGUCUUAUUGUCUUAUUUUCUCUUAGGUAACCAGUGGCGGCCUUUUACUGCUGUCCCUUUGGUCAUAACUCUUUAACUUCUGAGCUGCAUCCUUGAGGUCCUUGUAGUAAGCCCCUCCUGCCCAGGGAUGUCACCCACCAGGUCUCUUUCAGUGCCAGGGCAUGUGGAAGGAGUAUGCUGGAGCAAUGAAUGAGAGCAUCUGUGCUUCCCAUGAGUGAAAGGGAGCAUUGCCUCAUCUCUUCUCUCCCCCGUUCUUUAGAGAUAUUUCCUUCGUUGUCCCCCUGCCCCAACUCAGUUAAUAACUGUGCCAGUGUCUGAGGGACUAUGGGAAGGGAAGAGACUAGUUGAGAGGUUUUUUUGUGCCAAACUGACAAGCUGUGAUUGCAUACAGCGGGGCUGCAGUUGUACCUUGUUUUCAAGCACCUUUACUGAAGGGGCUUGUGAAGGAGAGAGGGCUCCUAGACCACAACAGCACAGAAAUAUUGGACUGUACCCAGUGCCCUCUCUCCUCAGUUGGAUUUUGCUGUAGUACAGUGAGAGAAAAGGGCUGCUGGGGGUCUGUGCUGCAGCUGCUGGUGUGCAGGUGAGAUGGUGGUGGUAUUGUCACUGCUGUGGGUGUGUCACAGCCCUCAUCCAUUCCUUGCUGCUUUGUCUUUUUACCUUUUUUUUUUAUUUUUUGAUCUUAUUUAUUAAACUUAUUUAUUGUUCAAAUAUUGUAUUAUUUGUAUAAAGUAUGCUGACUGGUUGCACCAAGGAGACAGGAGGCAGUGCCUUUAGGCCUCCCUUACUGUCCACAUCCCAUGUUGAUGUUCUUACACUCACUGUGUCUCUGUAUAUAAUAAAGUGUGAGCGUGGGCUGGAAAUAA